AUGAUAACUGAAUUUGUUAUUAUGGGUAACCAUGCGUUUAAUAUUGUCGAAGAGGAAAAAUUCAAAAUUAUCAUUCAGAAAGGUUUUCCAAAUCGGCAAUGUCUAUCUAGAAAAACUUUAAUGAAUAAAAUUUCAACUACUGCGGACGAUUUGAAAGCUAAUCUUAAAGCACAAUUGUCAUCCACUGAAGUUAAAUAUGUCUGUGCUACAGCGGAUUGCUGGUCAGUUUUUAAGAGAAGUUAUAUUGGUAUAACAGUACAUUGGUAUGACCCGGAGAGUUUUCAGAGAUUAUCUGCUGCGCUUGCUUGUCGCCGCAUCAAAGGUAGACAUACAUUUGAUGUCUUGGCUAAAAUAAUGCAUGAUGUGAUUUAUGAAUAUGGCAUAUUUAACAAAAUAAUAAAAAUAGUUACUGAUAAUGGUUCAAACUUCAUCAAAGCUUUUCGGUAA